CGCCUGCAAUGUAGAGUCAGUAGAGUUAAAAUACUUCUAUUUUAGGUAUAUAAUAUACGGUCUAUUGGUGAAGCAUCAUUAAUCACUUUGAGGGGGGGGUACAUUUUGUCCCCACCGUGUAUAAAAAUAAUUCAGCAGAGGCAGGGACAUGUAGACCAGAAAGGGGACAAUCCCACGCAUCCCCCUUUUAUUUCCUUCCAGCUAGAAUAUAAAGUGCAGCUUCCAGCAUGAAGCGUAUCCCACAAUCCACUGCAACAUGAGGUCACACAGGUCGGACGCCGCCUGUGCUCUAGAGACCCGUCGACAAAUGUGAGUAGAUAUUUAAAUGUAUUUUUAACGCCGCUGCUUUUUCUGUGUUGAUUUGCGAGCUGCAGUCAGGAGAAAGAUGCUUUUAUUGUUUUAAUUUGGAGAUUUUCUUCUCACCCAAGAGUGAGGGAGAGGUACAUGUAAAGGGAAAUGUUGGACAAAAACAAGCAGUGUAAAUAAAGUAUUAAGGUAGUAAAUAUUAACAGCUAAAUGUACUUAAAGUAUCAAAGUAAUAUGUGACACAGAGGCCACUUGGAGAGAUACCUGCUGCUGUACCAGUUCCUGAUCUUUAGCUCAUUAGAUGGUCAGUUAGCUCCAUCUAGUGGACAGAUAGUAGAACUCCAUCAUCUGAUGGGGGACUUCUCUGACUCUGACUGGGUUUGUGAACAGGUUGGACUGGUUCUGACGUCUCUCUGACUCUGAAGUUAUGAACUGUGACGGCGUCUUCAGAUCAAAUGCACAUCGACACCAGGACUGACGAGGGACAAUGAGCAGCUUCUUCUCUCCCAGUGUUUCCUCGACACAUGAAGGAGGAAAGUGUCUGUAAAGUGACCUGAAGAGACUUCAGCAGCGAACUAUGGCUCAGUUUAUUGAAGACUCCAGCCUCCAGGACUGGAAGGUGAUUGGCUCCGGAGGUUUCGGACAAAUCUACAAAGCCAGGCAUCGUCAGUGGGCCUGUGACGUGGCCAUUAAACUGCUUCGUUAUGACGACGGGGCCAAUGAAUCUUUGCUGCGUGAGAUCAAGAGGAUGCGAGAAGCAAGCAGCCCGCAUGUUCUUCGUGUCCUAGGGGUCUUCAAGGGUCUACCGCCCAACUGUGGUUGGGCAACACAGCUUGGUGUGGUCAUGGAGCUCAUGGAGAGAGGAUCACUGGCCUCCCUACAGGAAGCCUUGGAUGGACCUCCACCCUGGCCGCUGGUCUUCAGACUGGCUCACCAAGUGGCUCAGGGUAUAAACUUCCUCCACAGUCUGCCCCGUCCCGUUCUCCACCUGGACCUGAAGCCCCCCAACGUGCUGCUGGACGACUCUCUCAAUGCCAAGCUUACAGAUUUUGGCCUUUCCCGGAUUUCCUACAGCGUCACACAGGUUUCCAAGAAGGAUGAUGAAGAGGGAGGGGGGACGACCAACUACAUGCCCCCGGAGGCGUUUGGCUUAACAUACAAACCUAAACGAGCCUCUGAUAUCUACAGUUAUGGGAUACUCAUUUGGUCCAUUGUCACAGGGAAACAACCAUAUGGAAGCGCGAAGCCCACCAGAGUGGAGCUCCUCAUCCCACUGGGACAGCGUCCACUGCUGGACGAUAUAAAGGGCGAUGCUCUGGGGUUGGCAGAAUUGACAGGACUGAUGAAGAGAUGCUGGGACAAUGAACCCGAACAAAGGCCUCGAGCCCUUGAGUGUACAACUGAGACAGAACAACUAUAUAAGAUGCACAAAGAUGCAAUUUUUGACGCUGUCCAUGAAGUGCUUAAGAAACUGGCCCAAAAGACAAAAGAAAAAGUGAUGACAGAGCAGGUUCAGAGUGAUCAAAUCACUGAGGCUUCAGUGGAGGAGAUCCAAAAGUCCCUGAGUGGAGUGAAGAUGUCUGCUGAUCCACCCCAGAGUGAACUGGACACUCUCAGACACAAAAAGAGUGUGCACACUCCACCGGGUGAGGGGAAGCGACGCAGGGGGCUGAAAGACCACUGUGCGGGAAACCAUCGGGUUGAUAUCAACCUGUGGAGGGAGGCAGCAAUGUUGGCGUUGGACGUUGGGCAGCAGGCCAGGCUGACCCAUUUAAGAGGCAGCACAACGCCAUAUGGGUACCGCCUGCAGUCCACAAAUAACACGGCCCUGGAGAACACCGUCACCAGUGCCGUGGUAAGUGCGCUGGGAGCCACGGACUUUGGAAAGCCGGGAUUUCUCCAGCUGCUUGUGGAGGAGGGGGAUGUGGUUUACGAGAUUGAGGAGGCCUUGUGGCUUCCUCUGGAGAAGAGAAUGAAGAAGCUGCCGUUCUUCAUCAAAAUAAGUGUGGUUGGAAAGAAGGUAGUUGAGGCAGAGGAAUGCCAAGAGCUGUAA